AUGGAGGAUGAGGAUGGAUACACCAUUUUAAAUUUUCGUUCUAGGAAUCCAGCCUUCACCCAUGAACCUUCAGGAACAAACAAAGAAUCCAUCCCUUUGCCUUCCAAAUGGCGAUGCACAGCACUGAUUUUGGGGAUCCUCUGCCUGACGCUGCUGGUAACAGCAGGGAUCUUGGGUAUCCAGGUGACUCAGGCAUCACAUUUAGCAAGUGCAUCACUGAAAAAUCUCUCACAGCAGCUAGAAUUACUCCAAGCCAAAAAUGCAAACCUCUCAGAGAUUCUCCAGCAGCUGACACGUGACAGAGGUAACCAUGUGAAAUAUUUAUUCUCUUUUCAAGGCCACAAAUGCAACCUUUGCCCAGAGAAUUGGUUCUGGUAUGGACAAGUCUGUUACCACCUGUCUACUGAAUGGAAAACAUGGCAAGGAAGUAAAGAUUAUUGUUCUUCUCAUGAUUCCAGACUUCUUAAAAUAGAAAACAAGGAAGAACUGGUAAUGUCUUUUCCUUCUUCACUUACUGUAGAUACCAAACGAGGAAUGAAUGCGGCAAUGGGUGUAGGUUUUAUAUUGCAUGUUCAUAUUGCCACUGAUAAAAUGAUACCACCUAUGCAUUGUAUUCUUGGUCAGAAUCAAGGGAAACUUGGCAGACAAUGCAUUACAUUAGAGAAGGUAAUAAAAGACAUUUAAAAACUGACAGAAGGAAUCAAUGGCAAUGUAAUGUGAAAGGUCCUUCAAACCAGUGCUUUCCACUGCCACAUAACAGAUGUGAGUAUCUCACUCUCCUAUGACCAGCAAAGGCCAAGAGUGCUCAAGCGCUGUGGCUGCUUACUGUCAUUAACCAGGGGAAACACAUCCAGUCUUCAGGUAUCCAUAGGUAGAAGGGCUGUA